CAAUUAGCUUAAUUUGCAUGCAGUGUCGAAUUGCAAUCUCAGUAGUGAACAAGCAUUUUAAGUGAACACUUUAAACAAAUUUAACAUCAAAAUGUUCAAAUUGGUACUCAUCUCUGUUUUGGUGGCUAUUGUUUAUUGCGCACCAGCUGAUAAACCAGGCCAGGAAAGGAACGAUCGUCUGGAUCAAUCAGAAACUACUUGGAACUCUGCAUGGGCUAACCCGGCGGCUCCUGGUACGUGGCAAAAUCCCAAUGCGUGGGGCGCUAAUAACUGGAACCGAUGGAAUAACCCAGCCGCCGAUCCACGCUGGAACCGUUGGGGAGCCGAGCCAUGGAACCGUGGAUCUUGGGGAUCUGGCACUACUGGAUGGAACCAAUGGAAUCGUGCAGGAAAUUGGCCUGCUUCGGCCAACGCAGCUAACCGGAAUGCUUGGUAAAUGGUGAAAUACGUUACUCAAAUCGCCAUCAGUGAGUGCAAAAAGGCUAUGAUAUUUUUGUGUACAAUGUAAUCGUAUAUAAUAAAACCGUAUCUAUGAAA